GGGGAUUCGAUUAUCUGUCCCGAGUUACCCCAGUGAGAGGAGUUUAAAGCCAUUGACCGGUGCAACGCGGCUCAGGUUAAUAUAACUCCCUCAAGAGUUAACAUUUUUGGCGUGUUAAUUAAUCAGUAGAAACCGAUCAACGGGAUACGCUGUACAGUACUUUCUGUUGCUAUCACCUUGUUGUGCAGGAAAACAGCGGGGGCAAGGGACUCACCUGGUAAAGUUUAACCUGGUGUGUGAAAGCAAAGGUGUGAGUGAGGCAUCACAGUUCAUCUACAUGACCGGCCUUCUAAUAGGGUCCCUGGUGUUUGGUCCAAUGGCACACAGACAGAAUGGUGUGGGUCUUAACUCCAUCUGUGCCUUUGGGGUGGGCAUCCUGGCCCCUCUGAUGCAUCUGCUAGAUGUGUACCACCAGGCCCUGUCCAUGCUCAUCUGUGGCCUCCUGCCCUUCAUCGGCGGGGGGCUGUGCGUUCUACUGCCAGAGACCCUCAACACUGAGCUCCAAGACUACAUAGACCCACUCGAGGAGAAGACAAUAACAUUGGAGAGCGUGACUAUUGAAAACUGACUCGAUGAGGAGGAGAAACCAACUGAAUUGAGGAGCUCAAAAUUCUGAUCACUGUCUGGUCCAUACUCCCUGGAGGUGUGAGUUAGUUAUUACUCUAAAAUAUAUCUUAUUUUUUGUAAAUGAUACCACCUUUUGGGACUGAUAUUUUUUUUUUAAUGCAUGAAUAAUACAACAUUAUUAAUGUUGUGCAUAAAAUAAAACG